UCUCUCCGCCCCGGGCAGAUGUGCUGCUGCUGUGGGCCGGCCCCUUGCUCGCUCUGCUGCCCCUUCCUGCCGGGGAUCAAGGUGUCGUCCGGCACCCGGCUCAUGUACACCCUCUAUCACAUCGUCAGCUCCACCGGCUGCUGUCUGCUCAUGUCCAGGAACGUCGCAGAGUCAGUGCGGAAGAGAGUGCCUUUCUUUGCCGUGCUGUGCGAGCACCUACGGCCAGGCUCGGACUGCGACAAGAUGAUCGGCUACUCGUCCGUCUACAGGCUGUGCUUCGGGACAUCCUGCUUCUACCUGUUACUGUGUGUCAUCCUGCUCAACGUCAAGUCCAGCCGCGAUUACAGAGCGCUCAUUCACAACGGCUUCUGGUUUCUGAAGUUCCUGGUCCUCGUCGGGUUCUCAGUAGCUGCCUUUUUUAUUCCUGAUGAAUCAUUUCUCCACGUGUGGCGAUAUGUUGGCCUGACCGGAGCCCUUCUCUUCAUCCUGAUGCAACUCUCUCUCAUCACUGUCUUCGCCCACUUCUGGAACAAGAACUGGAUGACGGGCGCGGCUGACAAGAAGCUAUGGAGUCUUGCAGUGCUGUCGGUGACCCUGCUGUUCUACAUCAUGGCGAUGAUGGCCUUCUCCCUCAUGUACAGGUUCUACACCCACCCAGCGGGCUGCACCCUCAACAAGGGGCUCCUCCUUCUCAACCUCAGCCUCUGCUUCCUGGUGUCCGUGCUGUCCAGCACCUCCUGCGUACAGCCCAGGCAGCCCCACGGAGGCCUCCUGCAGGCUUCCAUCAUCAGCUGCUACGUGAUGUACCUGACCUUCUCCGCCCUCUCCAGCCGGCCCCCAGAGACAGUGGAAUUUCAGGGGCAGAACAUCAGCAUCUGCUUCCCGAGUGUCGGAACGGAUGGGGAGCAGGCCGAGGGGAAGAUGAUCACCAUCAUCGGAGCUGCCGUCAUGUAUUGCUGUGUCCUGUUUGCCUGUAAUGAAGCCUCCUACCUGGCCAAGGUGUUCGGCCCCUCCUGGAUGCUGCGGGUGUACAGAUACGAGUUCAAGCUUUCCUGCUCCUUCUGCUGUCUGGAUGAGGAAGAGGGCAGCCUGGAGGUGGAGCGAGCGUGCGGCCAGGCUGUGAUCCACAAUGAGCGUGAGCACCUCACCUACAGCUACUCCUCCUUCCACUUCGUCUUCUUCCUCGCCUCCCUCUACGUCAUGAUGACCCUGACCAACUGGUUCAACUACGAGUCGGCCACGCUGGAGACGGUGUUCUCGAGCGGGAGCUGGUCCACGUUCUGGGUGAAGAGCUGCUCGUGUUGGCUCUGCCUGCUCCUGUACCUCACCAUCCUGCUCUCCCCCCCCUGCUGCUCGACCAGCGACCGUCGCCACCGUGUGGUGCAGGCCCACUAG